CCCCUCCACCCCCAUUUCCAAAGUGAUGUUUCGCGAGUUCGGAAGGUGUUUUUGCUGAUGUUGAGAAAAUCGUCCACAACCACUUGAUUCCAUAUCAUUUUCACGGUGAUUUGCCAACAGGCGGAGAGGCAGUGUGUGUGACAUUGGCGAGAAAGUACAAAUUGGGCGGAAAAGUGGUGUUUGCCAGUGUUUUUUUCCUCAAGCAUCGACUAGCUCUUGAUUUGUCCAGACGAGCAGAAGUGAUGCAGAAAAGCGAUCAACUAGUCGCAAUUAAAGACUACAAAUUACAUUUUCGACAAGAGAAGCAACAGUAAGAGAGAGAGAGAUGGCGAGUUGUAUAGAGCAGGUGAGCAUAGAGAGCGUCGCCACGGAUUACUCCAGUAUUCGUGGGAAGGGCGUGCUCGUGAGUCCAACGGAGGAGCAGUUCGAGCUGCUGAAGAAGCGCCUGCUGGAGCGGAUUGAGGACAGCCGCGGCGAGACGAUCUACGAGAUUGGCAUCGGCGAGGAUGGUGGCGAUUGCGGACUGGAGCCCGAGGAGUUCGCCGCCAGUCUGGCCACGCUGCAGAGCCUGGCCACGACGCUGGACGCGGACUGCGUGGAGCUGCGGCAGCGCAAGGUGGACAAGGGCCUGAUCACUGGACAGUACCUGGUGAGGAAGCACGUCGACACGGCGGACUUCAUGGAGAUCCGCGUGGCGGUGGUGGGGAACGUGGAUGCGGGCAAGAGCACGCUCCUGGGCGUACUCACGCACGGUGACCUGGACAACGGGCGCGGCCACGCGCGCCAGAGGCUCUUCCGCCACAAGCACGAGAUGGAGAGCGGCCGCACGAGCUCAGUGGGCAACGACAUCUUGGGAUUCGACAGCCUGGGGAAUGUGGUCAACAAGCCCGAUCACGGGACGCUGGACUGGGUGAAGAUCUGCGAGAAGUCCGCCAAGGUGAUCACUUUCAUCGAUCUCGCGGGCCACGAGAGGUACUUGAAGACGACGGUGUUCGGCAUGACGGGUCACGCUCCUGACUUUGGCAUGCUAAUGAUUGGGGCCAAUGCGGGAAUUGUGGGGAUGACGAAGGAGCAUCUGGGUCUGGCCUUGGCGCUAUCCGUGCCGGUGUUUGUGGUUGUGACGAAGAUCGACAUGUGCCCACCGAAAGUCCUGCAGGAGAACCUGAAGCUCCUGUACAAGAUUCUCAAGUCGCAGGGCUGCCGCAAGGUGCCUGUGAUGGUGAAGACGCCGGACGAAGUUGUCCUGAGUGCGACGAAUUUCGUCUCGGAGCGCCUCUGCCCGAUCUUUCAGGUGUCCAAUGUGACCGGUGAGAAUCUGGACUUGCUGAAGAUGUUCCUCAAUCUGCUGACCACUCGAAUGCCGGGCCAUGACAAUCUGCCGGCGGAAUUCCUCAUUGACGACACAUACUCCGUGCCUGGUGUGGGUACUGUCGUCUCGGGCACGUGUCUGCAGGGCCUGAUCAAGCUCAACGACACGCUGCUGCUCGGACCUGAUCCUCUGGGGCAGUUUCAGGCGAUCGCCGUCAAGAGUAUUCACAGGAAAAGGAUGGCUGUUCGGGAAGUGCGAGGCGGUCAGACGGCGAGCUUCGCCCUGAAGAAGAUCAAGAGAUCUCAGAUACGCAAAGGCAUGGUGAUGGUGUCGCCGGAACUCAAUCCCAAGGCUUGCUGGGAGUUCGAGGGUGAGAUUCUUGUGCUGCACCAUCCGACCACGAUAUCGUCGCGCUACCAGGCAAUGGUGCAUUGCGGCAGCGUGCGGCAGACGGCCUCGAUUCUGUCCAUGUCGAAGGAUUGCCUCAGGACGGGCGACAAGGCGCACGUGCGCUUCCGCUUCAUCAAGCAUCCGGAGUACAUUCGUCCGGGGCAGCGACUGGUGUUCCGCGAGGGGCGCACCAAGGCGGUGGGGAAUGUGCUGCAGCCGCUGACGAAUGCCGCUCCGCUGCAGAAUCGCCAGAAGCCCAACAAGAUGCAGGCGCGAGGGCAGCAGAAUCAGAACCCGAACAUUCAGUUGCAGCCUCCUGUGGGCGGCGGCGGGGAUCUGAAGGUGGCGGCGACGAUGGAGGGCGUCCUGGAGAUGAGCUGUGACAAGCGCGACAACGCGCAGCGCGGCAAACGCGCGAAGAGGACACUGCCAGGAGCCGCUCCUGUCGGCAGUGUUCAAGUCACUGCGACUGCCGUUCCAUCGAACUAGACAAUUUGAUUCAGGACUCUUGUAACUUCCUUUUACAUCUUGAUUUAUUUUAAACUCCUUAACUUUAUAGGACGGAAUGUUCCUGUAAUUUAUAUAUAUCUUUACGUUGAUUUUUCCUCUUUCGUCUUCAACGAAACAAAGCUGUUCAAGCGAUAGAAUUUUUCUUCAAUCAAUGACAAAAGAAAAAAGAUAAAAGUUCAAUUUUCUACACCUUUGAAAUUUUUGUUGAGUACAAAGAAUGGCUACAAAUUUAUUAUUUUUGAUUUUCAUCCCCACCCUCAAUGUUUCCCUUGUAAAUCAAAUUUACCCUAAAUGUGAAAUUUCCUCAAAGGCACGAAGUGUGGGUGAAGUAGGAGACAGAGAAAUAUUUUCUGAUACGAAGAGAAAAAAGUGGAAUUUGUAAUGGAAAUGUGUGAAAUUUCUAAAUAAAAAUUUAUUUUGUAACA